AGAUCUUCUCCUAACACCGACCAACGGGCCUCUACCCCCCCUUCAACUAGUCGUCACGAAAUAUUUGCAUUGCAGCUGAAGAAGAAGCUCAGUAAGAAAAACAAGAGGAAAAACAUACAAUGGAUGUCUCGACCCUCUUCUCCGUAAAGGAUAAAGUCGUCCUUGUCACCGGUGGGGCAAAAGGAAUUGGCCGAAUGAUCUCCGAGGGCUUUGUAGCGAACGGCGCAAAAGUCUACAUCUCCAGUCGCGACGCAAAGUCCUGUGAAUCCGCCGCAGCAGAAUUGACCACAAUGGGCCCAGGAACAGCCCACGCCAUCCCGGCAGAUUUCUAUAAGCUCUCCGACUGCCAGAACCUCGUCGCGGAGCUCAAAAAGCGCGAAACUAAACUCCACGUGCUGGUGAACAACUCGGGCUCCAAUUGGGGCGAGUCGUACGAUAGGUAUCCGGACGCGGCGUGGACCAGGGUGUUGACGUUGAAUUUGCACCGGGUGUUUACGAUCACGCAAUUGUGCACGCCAUUGUUGGAGGCUGCGGCGGGGAUUGUCGGAGAUCCCGGGAGGGUUAUACAUAUCGGGAGUAUCGAUGGCAUUAGGGUGCCAGCUCUCGAGACUUUCGCGUAUUCAGCGAGUAAAGCCGGCCUACACCAUCUCUCGGAGGUGCUAGCGAAUCAUCUUGGAAAGAGGAAUAUUACAUCAAAUUCAAUCGCUUGCGGACCUUUCGAGAGCAAAAUGAUGGCUGCAACCCUCAAGAAGUUCAAGCCAAUGAUCGAAGGCUCCAUUCCUCUGAAGCGAAUUGGGACUCCACAGGACGUUGCGGGCACGUGCUUGUUUUUGGCCAGUAGGGCGGGUGCCUAUGUUAAUGGUGCUACGAUAACUGUGGAUGGGGGGUCUGCGAUUGGGGCGAAGUUGUGAUUCGGAAUUUCGGUUUUGUGGGUCGGUUUGAUACCUGUUGCGGUGGAGAUUGGGAUGUGGGGGUCUCACUAUGCUGGUUUAUCUUUGGGUGGCCCUGGUGCCCCAAGGCUCAUGUCGCUAACACUAGCACUGUUUCGGUGAGAAGAUUCUUAGACAAUCACUGGUAGAAGGCUUAACUUCCCCUUUACCGUGUGCAGUAACUGUUCGUUGCUGGCUUUUUGGAGCAAUAAAGCACGGUAAAGCUUA